AUGUUCGAAGGCCGUCACGCGUCAGACAAUUACCGCCUUCACCUGCAUCGCGCGCGAUCAGUCGUGUUGACGAGUGCAGAGCUGGUUGAGAUUCGCGCAGCACAGCGAACAUUUGAGGGCGCAUACGUCCGUACAGCAAUCGGCCAGUUUUCUUUUGCGCUCGUAGUACUCAAGAUCUUCACCGCCGAAUUCUAUUCGAUCGGUGCACUGUUCGCAGUCUACGGCGCUGGCAUUCUGUUUAUUAGUCUGUUCCGGCGACAGCAAGGUAACAAACAGUUCUUCUCAGAAGUCGGUGAGGAUGGCUUGCACAGGAAGAAGUUCCGAACAUCCGGCAAUGUGGUCACUGUGUUGACGGCAUUAAGCGUCUCAGCAUACAUCUGUCUGUUGGUACUGACGCUCAAACUGGCGACAUGA